AGACGCAGGUGAGGGGCGGAGGCCAGUCGGCUUCGAUCCGUCAAGAGACUCGAGUUGGUUUUGCUGACGAUCCAACUCGUACAUUCGGAGUGAUUGGAUCAGUUUAUUAUCACUCUUGAACCAUACAUAGUCCUGGUGAAGAAUGCGGUUGUUCAGUGAGACGAACUUGUGAUAUACGGACGAUCGACCAAUAUCUUGUGCGUGAUUGAUUGGCACGUGUAUCGUCUCAUCGGCGAGUAGGAGGAAAAAUUCGUCAUUGAAUUUUGCGGGGAGAAACGAGAAACACUUUCGUGCAUUCGUCCGUCCAUCCUUCGCUCGUGUAAUCACGCUUCUGUGCUUAACAGCUCUUACGAUCGAUAAACACACACAAGGUGCGUGUAUAUGUGCAUGUGUGCGCGCGCGCGUAUCGACGAUCACGUAGCGUGCUCGCGCGAGCGACACUGAGAGGAAAGAAGGAGUAAGCAAGCACCAAAUUGCUCCAGUUGACUAGUAGCUCAUUGAAGUAAGUCGGAUCACCGCUAGUACGCAGUCAUGAAGGCGAUGGUAGUGAGCCCGGUGGGUGGUCGAGUACCGCCCAAUCAUCGCGGUGCUCUGCACAACGGCCUGGGAAUCGGCAGGCGCGACCUCGAGGCUGAAGAGGUCGCCGCUUACCUGACGAAGCUGCGUUCCCUCGUGCCGGACAUGCCGCGCAAACGGAAGCUCUCGAAGCUCGAGGUGAUUCAAAGAGUAAUCGAGUACAUCUGCCACCUGCAGACUACUCUCGAGCAGACGAACGCCGUGCAGAAUGCGACGACGACGAAGACGCAGCAGCCGACACGACAGCCGUUGCAACCCCUGCUGAACGCCGCCGUGACCACCACUGCAACAUCCAACGCGACAACAACCAUGUCCGUCACGACGACAACGACAUCCGCCACUGCGACGGUCGCCGAGCGGUGACCUGCCGGCCGAAUGGUUCACUGAGGUACACGUCGCAUCGAGGUCAUCCUCCUCGUGCGGGACUAACGUAAGAAUAGGCCCGCACAAAAUGCGCGUUCCUCGCGCGCCUUGUGGACGUUCACGUGGACUCGGCAAGUUCUCCGCUCAAGUCCUCAUGUCCUCGAUGACUCACAUGGCAAAGGGAGGUGUCGAUCACCCGGAAGAGAUCACUCGAAGAUCACUCGAGGGCGUGCCUGCGAAGAGAAGACACGAUCGAGGAACAUUUUGAAGGGCAGCGCGCGCACACGCUCGAUUUUUAAGUUCGUCGUUCUUCUCCCGUGAAAGGAAAUUGUAAAUACACUUGUAAAUAGACUCAUCGCAUUCCUCGUGAGAUCUUUUUCGCGGUUAUAAGGACCUUCCUUCCUCUUCUUUUUCUCCUUUCCUUAAAAUUGUACCAUUCCAUCGUUUGGUCGAUCGUGUGACGUCUCAUCGCUAGAUCGAAUGUCAUAUUUACCUACCUUUCAACGAGUUUUAUUUCGAUGGACCGUAGAAAAGAAAUUUUCGAUCAAUGUCUGUUUCCCGGCAAGAUACUUCGAACGGCGAUCAUUUGAAAUUUGAAUCACUUAAAUCGAAUUCCGCGGUGGCUGAAAGCGAGAGGUUUCCGCUGAUCACUGCGUAUCAUUUGUGAAUAAUGCGUGUCUCGCGUAAAUGCCAAGCUCGCCAUCUGUUUCUCCCUCUCAAGGGUUUGUUACAUUCGUGUCAUUACAUAGCGCCCCGCCCAACUGGUCGCCGAUCGAUAGUCUUUUUCUUGUUGCAUGGUCUUCUCCUGGGAAAACGCUUCGUCGUCGCGCGUUCGCCGAGUUUUCGAGCAGUCUGUAGAUAGCUGAGAGAAAUUCAUCUCGAGAAAUUUAGAGGAAAUAAUGUCGAUCAAUUCAGGUCUCAAGGCAUACAAGAAAGUAACGUUUAUGUUCAUGCGUGACAAUCGAUUUGCGGCGGUAAAUACGGUAUAAGCGUUGCGAAAUUCAACUCACCGAAAUUACAGCGAUUUUACACAGGUCCACUUUCCUAUGAAGAAUUCAUGCUUUACCGUGUUGCUGAUAUCUUUUAUUAUUGUAUGAUCAUUAUAUAUUGUUGUUAUUAGCCCUUUAUGUUAUAAUUUAGAAAGAGCUAAUUUUCCCUCAUCGAUCCACGUAAAUAUUAUAUAUUUGCGAAGACUGAAAGGCUGUAAAUAGAUGAUUGCGUGAUGCGCUGCACACGCGAAAUAAAUACAAAACUGUGUCCAUAA